AUGGCGCCCGCCUACACCAGAUACCCCUUCCCGCGCGACCUCUUCGCCAAGUUUGUGACUGAGAACGACGGCUACUUCCCAGUGAAGAUCCAGGCGCUGCCAGAGGGCAGCGCGAUCACCUCGGAGGACGAGUACGCGCCCCUCUGCACUUUCCUUGAGACUCUCCUCACGAUGGCCUGGUACCCCACGACGGUGGCCACCCUCAGCCGCCGCGCGCGGGACGCGAUCGCGGCGGCCUUCGAGGCGAGCGUGGAGGGCGGCGCGGCGAGCCCCCUGCUGGGCAGCCGGCUGCACGACUUCGGGUUCAGGGGGUGCACCACCCCCGAGCAGGCGGUGGUGGGCGGCUGCGCGCACCUCCUCAACUUUGAAGGGACUGACACCAUGUCAGCAGCCUACUACGCGCAGUUCCACCUCAACGGCGGCCGCCCUGUGGCCAACAGCAUCCCAGCCACUGAGCACAGCGUGAUGACGUCUUGGCCGGAUGAGGCGGCCGCAAUACUGAACAUGGUGGAGCACUUUGGGACCGGCCUGUUUGCGUGCGUCAUGGACAGCUAUGACUACGCGGCCGCCCUGAGCGAGGUGCUGCCCUCCAUCGCGGCGCGCAAGGUGGAGAAGGGCGGCUACAUGGUGUUGCGGCCGGACAGCGGCGACCCUGUUGAGGUGGUGCUCAUGGGCCUUCGCGCUGCUGAGAAGGUGUUCGGGGCUGACGUCAACUCGAAGGGCUUCAAAAUGAUAAGGGGGGCGGGCGUCAUCCAGGGCGAUGGCAUCGACAUCGUAACGCUGCAGGCCAUCCUUGAUGCAGUGCUGGAGGCUGGCUACAGCGCGGAAUGCGUCAACCGCGACACCAUGUCUUUCGCGACCAAGCUGGCGCACAUGGUUUACGCGGACGGCCGUCAGCGUGACGUCAUGAAGGCCCCCAAGACCGACAGCACCAAAUACAGCCUGCCAGGCGUCCUGGCCGUGAAGCGUGUUGGGGGCGUGCCAACCGUGUUCCCGGCAGAUGGCGGGGAGGUGGACCCAUCAGAAGACAUGCUCAAGGCGAGACCUCGCCGCUGUGCCUGA